AUGGCGAUUGGACAUUCAGUUCUUCAUGGGGGUCCAGGCUUUCACUGUUUUCAGCCAUGGGUUUAUGACUUAAUUGUUGGAAUGGAUUUUGACCAGAUCAUUAACCAAAUAAAUAUUGAAGAUAUCCCAAGGCAUGCUGGCUCAACAGGAUUAUUAGAUUUUGUGAAUGCUUUGGACAAUGCAACAUCACAGAAAGAGCUUGAUGAAAUUGUAGAUCAAUAUAUCUUGAUAUUAAAUUUUUCGAGAUGGGACCAAAGUGUUGCAGUAACUUUAGCUAAUAGACAUUCGCUAAUCAGUGAGCUGUUAAUGUACGAACUUAUUCGCAAAAGGCAGAGUCAAAUCAAAUCAAUUCAAGAAGGAUUAGAUCUUACUGGAUUCCUAGCUUUUAUCAAGGCUAAUGUGUCUAGGUGUCGACAAAUUUUUGUGUAUUCUAAUAACAAUGGACUUACUCCAAUGGAGUUCCUACAACUUGUAAAAACCGACAACAACGAUGAUUAUAAGAAGACACAAGCAUUUGAUUUUUUUUCGAAAAUUAUUACUGAUAGUUCAGAGAAAUACAUAUCAGCUGUUCUAAAGUUUAUCACAGGCCAUUCACUUGUACCACCGUGGGGUUUGGGUUCCCCCAUCACAGUUAAGUAUUUAGAUGAUGAUGAUGCUCAUAUAUAUCCGAAGACCAUGUCUUGUUUCAAUAUACUGUACCUGCCAACUGUACACACAACUCAACAGAAAUUUGGAGAACACUUUGAGAAAGCCAUUGCUAUUGAAGGUGUAGGUUUUAGUGACAAUAAAUAG